AUGGUGAAGAAUGUCAUUGUCGCUACGGCCCAGGAACUCGCUAGGGUGGUUCCCUCGUCGCACAGGGUCCUCCUCAUCGAGCCUCACAGUCAUUUUCACCAUCUUUUCACCUUCCCACGAUUUGCCAUUGUGCCUGGCCAUGAGCACAAAGCUUUUGUCCCAUAUACUCACCUGUUCUCGUCUGUGGCCAAUUCGGCCUCGCACGCCGUUGUCCACGCUAGAGUACUUUCGGUUCAGCCUCGCCAUGUCAAUUUGGACCGAGAGUGGGAAGGGUCGAAAGAGAUACCCUUCGACUACCUCACCAUUGCCACGGGGACGUCACUCUCACAGCCUGCUGCCAUGAAGGAGGAUGACAAACAGUCUUCAGUCGAGUAUCUAAAACAACACCAAGAAUCCAUCAAGCGAGCAAAGUCGAUCCUUCUGGUGGGCGGCGGGGCAGUCGGUGUCCAGAUGGCAACCGACCUGAAGGAAUACUACCCCGACAAGGAUGUCACAUUGGUGCACUCACGAGUGCAUCUGAUGCCACAGUACCACCAUAAAUUUCAUGACCUUGUCAAGAAAAGGUUCGAUGAAUUGCACGUCAACUUGAUCACGGGUGCUCGUGUCAAGAUUCCACCCAAUGGGUUUCCCACCAGCGGCUCUCCUUUCGACGUCGAGCUCACCAAUGGUCAGAAAGUCACGACGGAGUUCGUUAUUCUUGCGACUGGUCAGCGCCCCAACAACACCCUGGUCAGAGAUCUGGAUCCUGAAAACCCUAACGCCGUCAUAAAUCCGGAGAACGGAUACAUUCGAGUCAGACCGACAUUGCAGUUUCUCGACGAGAAAUAUCCGAACCUCUUCACGGUUGGCGAUAUUGCAGACACGGGUGCGCACAAAGCCGCACGACCGGGCGUAGCUCAAGCGGCGGUGGUCGCCAAGAACAUCCAAUCACUGAUAGAAGGCCGACAAGCAGAAGAGAAAUACGUGCCCGGCCCUGCUGGUAUUCAUCUGUCACUAGGCAUGAAGGAGAAUGUCAUAUUCCGGAAUCCGAACAAGGCGGAGGGAGAGACAGAGCCAACCAUCAUACCUAAGAGCGAUGGUCAAGAGGACAUGGGUGUAGAAGGCUUCUGGAAGAGGCUCGGUGUUGAGGUCAAGAGUCCGCAGCAGUAUCAUUUGUGA